AUGACUUGGCUCUUCCCCAGAACCAUAGGGGCUGUGGCCAUCUUAAUGGUGGCCAUAUUUGUUCAUGGAGAAUUGCAACUAGAGACAAAAGGACAACACAGAAAAAAUGAGACAGCAAUGCAACAAGUCAAAAGAAGAUAUAAACGUGAAUGGGUAAAAUUUGCAAAACCCUGCAGAGAAAGAGAAGACAACUCAAAAAGAAACCCAAUUGCCAAGAUCACUUCAGAUUUCCAAGCAACCCAGAAAAUUACCUACCAUAUUUCUGGAGUGGGAAUUGAUCAGCCCCCUUUUGGAAUCUUUGUUGUUGACCGAAACACUGGUGAUAUUAAUAUAACAGCCAUAGUUGAUCGGGAGGAAACCCCAAACUUCCUGAUCACAUGUCGAGCUUUAAAUACUCUGGGGCAAGAUGUAGAGAGGCCACUUAUACUAACAGUCAAAAUUUUAGAUGUCAACGACAAUCCUCCAGUAUUUUCACAAAGCAUAUUCCAGGGUGAAAUUGAGGAAAACAGCGCUUCAAACUCACUGGUGAUGAUACUAAAUGCCACAGAUGCAGACGAACCAAACCAUUUGAACUCAAAAAUUGCCUUCAAAAUUGUUUCUCAGGAACCUGCAGGCUUGCCCAUGUUCCUCAUAAGCAGAAACACUGGAGAAGUUCAUACUCUGACCAGUUCUCUUGAUCGAGAGCAAGUUAGUAGCUAUCGUCUGGUUGUGAGUGGUGCAGACAAAGAUGGAGAAGGCCUAUCAACUCAAUGCGAAUGUAGUAUUAAAGUGAAAGACGUCAAUGAUAACUUUCCGGUGCUUACAGACUCUCAGUAUUUAGCACGUAUUGAGGAAAAUACUUUAAAUUCCGAGUUACUUCGAUUUCAAGUAACAGACUGGGAUGAAGAAUACUCAGAUAACUGGCGGGCUGUGUAUUUCUUUACCUCUGGAAAUGAAGGGAACUGGUUUGAAAUAGAAACUGAUCCCAGAACCAACGAAGGCAUCUUGAAGGUGGUAAAGGCUCUAGAUUAUGAACAAAUACAAAGUAUACAAUUUAGUAUUGCCGUCAGAAACAAAGCUGAAUUUCACCAGUCAGUAAUCUCUCAAUAUCAAGUGCAGUCUACCCCAGUCACAAUUCAGAUAAUAAAUGUAAAAGAAGGAAUUUCAUUCCAUCCUACAUCCAAGACAUUCACUGUGCAAAAAGGCAUAAGUAGUAAAAAACUGGUCAAUUAUGUCCUGGGAACCUAUCAAGCAAUAGAUGAGGACACUGGCAAAGCUGCCUUGUCUGUCAGAUACAUCAUGGGUCGUAAUGAUGGUGGUUUGCUAAUUAUUGAUCCAAAAACUGCUCAAAUCAAAUUUGUCAAAAACAUUGACCGAGAUUCUACUUUCAUAGUUAAUAGGACAAUCACAGCUGAGGUUCUGGCCAUAGACGAAAACACGGGUAAAACUGCUACAGGCACAGUAUAUGUUGAAGUACCCAGUUAUAAUGAAAAUUGUCCAUCGGUUGUCCUGGAAAAAGAAGUACUCUGUAGCUCAUCACCUUCUGUGGUCGUCUCAGCUAGAACCCAGGAGAGGGGUAAAUACAGUGGCCCCUACACAUUUUCACUGGAGGAACAGCCUCUGAAGUUGCCAGUUGUGUGGCAUAUCACAACACUCAAUGAUACCUCAGCCCUCCUAAAUGCCCAGCAAAAGGUCUCCCCCGGAGUGUACAGAGUCUCCCUCUUGGUUGCGGACAAUCAGGACAGGCAGUGUGAAACACCAGAGAUCUUGACUCUGAACGUGUGUCGGUGUGAUGACAGGGGAACCUGUGGAUCUUCCAACCCAAGCAGAGACCCUCAGGUGAUAUAUGAGAAGUCGUCGUGGAGGCUGGGGCCUGCUGCCAUCGGUCUGCUCCUUCUUGGACUUUUGCUGUUACUGUUGGCCCCUCUUCUGCUGCUGACUUGUGACUGUGGGACAGGUCCCAUUGGUGGGGUGACAAGUGGUUUUAUCCCAGUUCCCGAUGGGUCAGAAGGAAUAAUUCAUCAGUGGGGAAUUGAAGGAGCCCAACCUGAAGACAAGGAAAUCACAAAUAUUUGUGUGCCACCUAUAACAACCAAUGGAGCAGAUUUUAUGGAAAGUUCUGAAGUUUGUACAAAUACAUAUGCUGGAGGCACAGUAGUGGAAGGAGCUUCAGGAAUGGAACUGACCACAAGGCUGGGCGCAGCAAAUGGAUCUGGAGCUGCAGGGGGAUUUGGAGCAGCCUCUGGACUUGGACCUUAUUCUGUUGGGCAGUCAGGAACCAUAAGAACAAGGCAUUCCACGGGAGGAACCAUGAAGGACUAUGCUGACGGACAGAUAAACAUGAAUUUCCUAGAUUCUUAUUUUUCUCAGAAAGCAUUUGCCUGUGCAGAGGAAGAGGAUGUCCAGGAGGCGAGCGACUGCUUGCUGAUCUAUGAUAACGAAGGCAUGGAUGAUGACCUGGGUUCUCCUGUGGGCUCCCUGGGUUGUUGCAGUUUCAUUGCUGAUGACCUCGAUGACAGCUACUUGGACUCACUUGGCCCCAAAUUUAAAAAGCUUGCAGAGAUAAGUCUCGGUAUUGAUGAUGAAGCCAAACAAGCUCAGGCACCCUCUAAAGACAGUGGCUCUGGAAUUGACCCCUGUGGUCGUUCCCUAGAAGUCCAUCAGGCAGGACAUGAUAGGUACCAGACGUUGCCUGGUGGUCAAGGAGCUUCUGCUUUUUCCACUUCUGGAUCUAUGCAGCAAGCCAUUGCCAUUCCUGCCCCUUUGCAGCAUGGUAACUAUGUGGUAACGGAGACUUACUCAGCUUCUGGUUCCUUUGUGCAACCCACCACUACAGUCUUUGAUCCACAUCUCACACAAAAUGUAAUAGUGACAGAAAGGGUCAUUUGUCCCCUCUCCAGUGUUCCAACGGAGCUACGCGGGUCAUGUAAUGUGCUCUAUACAGAAGAUUCUUGUUCCCAUCUAUGA